AUGGACCAGUGUGUUGCUCCAACGAGCAGCUCCAAUGCCGAAGUUCUGAGAAAUUAUCGCAAACUGCUGUUGACAAGCUUGGCUGCCCUGGGCUGUGUUGCUCUGGUUGUUUUCCUGGCGAAGGAUGGCGCCAUCGAAGAGGACAGGUCUGCUUUGUUUUCUCCAUUUCAGCGGAAGCAAAGCCUGCACUGGGAGUUCCGGGGAGAGGACGGGCCAUCGACAUGGGGGAAGUACUACUUCACUUGUGACGUAGGGAUGGAGCAGAGCCCUGUUAACAUAGAGUCAAGCCAUGCAGAAGCGACGCCCCUUCCUGCGAUGAAGUGGGACUUCAAGGGAAAGAUGAUCUCAGUGCACCAGAAGGAGGAGACUUACGACAGUCACAAGUUCGACCUCAAAGACCAUGAGAAGCCCACCUUGCAGAUGGAGGAAGGUGGUCCUGUGUACACGUUGCAGCAGAUUCAGGUGCAUGCGCCUAGUGAAAACAAGAUAGACGGGACUCAGUUCGACGUUGAAGUCCAGUUCUGGCACAUGGCCCCUGGCCCCAAGUACAUGGUGAUCUCCUCCAUGCUCAAACGCGGAGGGUCCAGGUGUGAAGGGAUCGGCUCCUUCUUGUGCUGGGACUUGACCGUUGGCCUGUCCAGUCCUCUCUUCGUCGACCAGAUCUCAAAGAUCUUGCAGAAAUCCGUGUUCCGUUACAACGAGCUCGAGCCUGCCAUCAGCUUUGAAAGCAUCCGAGAGAGUCUGGCACCGACAGGGAACAUGAGCAGCUUCUUCCGCUUCAACGGCUCGCUCACGCAGCCUCCCUGCACGGAAGGAGUGCUGUGGAACAUCCUCCGCGAUCCCAUCCCCAUCUUCUACUACGAUGCGGACGAGAUCUCUCAGGACCUCGCUCCCAACAACCGGCCCAUCCAGCCCCUCAGCGACCGGGUGGUUCAGGCUGCGAUACCUGAGGUCGGAGGAGGACAGGGAGCGGCUGCCGCUGCCCGGGGGCCGCGUGCGACUCUGCAGGUUGUGAGAGGGAGGAGGAAUGGGAAAAUGUUGACGGGCGGGGAUGUGGUGCAGAGCCAUGGGAGUGUUCAACAGUCGCUGCUGAGGCUGGGGAAGAGAAGAUCAGCCGCCCGUGGUGGGUCGAGAGAAUCUCUGAAGACAGAAGUCCACGACAUCAAGGAAGCUGAAAGCGCGUUGAUCCGCAAGGCAGAGCAGAUCAGGGAGGCUGAAGAGAAGCACAAAUCGACUCCUCCUGCAGCCAAAGAGGCAGGGAAGGCAGCCCAGGGCAAGCCAGCUCUGUCAUCAGCUCCUCCUCAGACGCACAAGGAGAAGACGCAACUCGCAGCCUCUAAGGCCCAGGCAACAUCACGAGAGAAGAGCUUGUCACAGGUUGUCUUUGUAUUCUAG